AUGGCUGAAUUGGAUAGGAGAAGUGAAAUCGAAGCAUUUGAUGAAUCAAAAGCUGGUGUAAAGGGGCUCCUCGAAAAAGGGGUGUCGAAAAUCCCACGUAUGUUUGUGCUGGAUCAACCUAUAAUUGAAGAGAAACCAGUCUCCGGAAAUGUUCCUCAGUACAAUCUUCCAGUCAUUGAUUUUGAAGGCUUAAAGAAUGAUGCCGCAAAGCGUAAAGAAAUCGUUAAUAAAGUUAAAGAUGCUUGUCACAAUUGGGGCUUUCUCCAGAUCAUCAAUCAUGAGAUUCCGGUGAGCACCAUGGAGAAAGUAAUUGAAGGUAUAAAAGGAUUUCAUGAGCUAGAAACUGAGGUGAAAAUGCCCUAUUAUUCGCGGGAUAAUAAGAAGAAGGUUGGUUUUAAUAGCAACUUUGAUUUAUACCAAGCGCGUUCUGCUAACUGGAGGGACACCAUUUUCUUUGUUAUGUCUCCUGAUCCUCCUGCACCCGAAGAACUUCCAGAAGUAUGCAGAGAUAUAAUGAUGAAAUACUCAGAUGAAGUAAUGAAUUUGGGGUUCACACUGUUUGAAUUGAUCUCAGAAGCAUUGGGACUAGACUCUAAUUACUUGAGAAACAUGGGCUGUGCUGAGGGGCUUUUCAUAAUUGGCCACUAUUAUCCGGCGUGCCCCGAACCAGAUUUGACAUUAGGUCUCAGUAAACAUACUGAUAGCGGUUUCUUGACUGUACUUCUACAAGACCAAAUCGGUGGCCUCCAAGUUCUCCACAAGAAUCACUGGGUAGAUGUGCCUUACUUGCCUGGAGCUCUUGUUGUAAAUGUUGGAGACCUUAUGGAGCUCGUCACCAAUGCCAAGUUCAAAAGUGUUUACCACAGAGUAUUGGCAAAGACUGUAGGGCCAAGAAUCUCAGUGGCAAGUUUUUUCAGAUUGCAUUAUCACGAAAAAAGUAAAACUAAAGUUUAUGGACCAAUCAAGGAGUUAUUGUCUGAAGAAAAUCCACCCAUCUACAGAGAAAUCACCAGUGAAGAGAUUCUUGUGACUCGAAACACCAGAGGCGUAGAUGGAGUGUUACUAUCACACUUUAAGUUGAAUGCAAGUGCCACUGAGUGA